AAACAAGUGUGUAACAGCAGAGAGGACAGAGAGCGGGCUGAGAGCGUGAGGAGAGGCAGAGGAGAGCGUUGCAUUAAGCAGCCCAGAGAUCAGUGGAUGCUGACAGAUGCACAGCUGCUGAUGGGAAGAGGGAGAAAAUGCAAGCUUCUCACACUCCAGAGGACAGACGGAGGAGAAGACGUGGUAUGCUGGUUAUUUUCAUCAUCACAGUGAUAAGAUGGAAGGAUGGCAGCAUGUGUGCAGCUACAGAUAGAUGGCUUUUAUGAUUCAGGUCACAGAAAAUGGGAGCAUAAUGUAUCCUGAAGGGAAGCUUCGGCAGGAACCUUGUGGUUUCUCUGCACUCUGCAACGGCUGAGACUCUCAACGAGACAACAUGAGCACAGGACCCAAACAACACCACCCUUAAAUGGACACUCGACGUGAUUUGAACUGCCAGAAUGCCCCGUUCCUAUCAAAACAUGGAGUGUUUUUUUUGUACUGUGUGACAAAGUGGUCUUACCCUGCUGAACAUUGCACUGACUGAUGUAUAUUUCUUAGUAGGUUGCCUACUAAGAAUCCUGUGAUUCAGGGUGCACAGGGUGACUUGAGAGCAAUUGCUGCAUACCCCAUUUAUUCUAUAGCAAAAAGGAAAAUAAAUAUUAUGGUUGUCUGGACACAAGAGACCCAGGAGAUUUGAAGACAUAUGAACUUAAGAAGAGGGAACAUUUGACUGUUGAAACUGUUGUUUUGUAAUAUGAACAUCUGUGGAUUGUCAUAGAAACCAAAAGGACAAGAGAGAGCUGAAGUCUUGACACUAUUUCCAGGUUGGCUGUUUCACUACCUUCUAUAGCUCAAAAGAAUCUCUCAUCCAGGUUUCAUUUUAUCAUGCAUAUCUGAGAUUUAGAUAAAUUCAACUACAGAACUCUCUGAAUUUGAAUUCAGGAUUUUAACUGAAUGUAACAAUAGCAUUGAAAAAACCACAGCUCCCCAGAAGUCUUUCCAUAGUGUCAGAAAGAGUAGAAUUUUUUUUUUCUUUGCCAUUCAGGACUUCCUGUAUAUUUUCAUAGCUGCCGCCACUUGACUGGCUUGGGCUUAUGAGAAAUGGUGUUCCUGAAAGAUUGCUAAAACAGAAUUACUGAAUAAACACCAACAUCACAAAAAAAUGACCUUCCGUGUCUAGACAAACAUAGAGGGCAGCACAAUCUACUUUUGAUCAAGAUUAUGUUUUAGGGCUGGCGCUAGAAAGCCGUGGUAUUACAAAUGCCAAGAAGCCCAAAGUUGGUUUCACUUCAGCUCUCUAUAGCUCCGUUGGCUACCAUCAUUCAAACUGAGAGUUAGCAUCACAUACCCACCAAAAGGGAUCAUGGAUUUCAAUCGGAGCCAGAACUACGGAUCCUAUCCAACAGGGCUGCCAUAUAACACAAGCAUGGACUACGAAGACUACUACCAGGAGCCUGAAGCCAGUAAAAUCAUCAUCCCCUCUAUCUAUGCUCUUGUCUGUUGUGUAGGUCUUACUGGCAAUGCCAUGGUCAUCUAUGUCAUUCUGAAAUAUGCCAAAAUGAAAACGGCCACUAACAUUUAUAUCCUCAAUUUAGCAAUUGCUGAUGAGUUGUUCAUGUUAAGUGUUCCUUUUCUGGCCACAUCAGCUGCUGUUCGUCAUUGGCCCUUCGGGUCACUCAUGUGUAGGCUGGUGCUCAGUGUAGAUGGUAUCAAUAUGUUUACAUCAAUCUUUUGCCUUACUGUGCUGAGCGUGGACCGUUAUGUAGCAGUGGUCCACCCUAUCAAGGCUGCCCGCUACCGCAGACCCACUGUCGCCAAAGUAGUCAACGUGUGUGUAUGGGGGCUGUCACUCUUAGUCAUCCUGCCCAUCAUUAUCUUCGCAGACACUGUCCCAGCACAGGAUGGUGGCGUGGACUGUAACUUUUUGUGGCCUGAACCAGCGUGGUCAGAGGCGUUUGUAGUCUAUACCUUCCUGUUGGGGUUUUUGCUGCCGGUCGGAGCUAUCUGCUUAUGCUACUGUCUAAUGGUGGCCAGGAUGAGAGCAGUGGGGCUAAAAGCAGGCUGGCUUCAACGCCGGCGCUCGGAGAAGAAGAUCACCCGCAUGGUGCUGCUAGUCGUGGCAGUGUUUGUUCUUUGCUGGAUGCCCUUUUACAUCGUCCAGUUGAUCAGCGUUUUCCACAGGCCCCCAGACCCUAUGGUCACUCAGCUUUUUGUCAUCCUCAGUUAUGCAAACAGUGGCGCCAAUCCUAUCUUGUACGGCUUUGUUUCUGACAAUUUCCGGCGGUCAUUCCAGCGUAUUGUGUGUUUCCGGUGGCUGGAGUCUGGGCUGGAUGCGGAGCAGGUGGAUUACUGUGCUGUAGCUUUGAAGAGACAAGCAACAUGUAGCCCUCUGGAUUUUCCCAAGGACUGUAUGGCUUCUGAUAUGGUGUUUCGCAAUGGGACAUAUACCUCCCGUACAACCACAGUGUAACAUUCAACCAGAACAGGACAUACAAAUCAGAAGUAGCCGCGACCUAAAGACAAACUUUUCAACAAGGAGAGAUAUACGUUAUAAAAACAAAGCUACAUGGGUUUUGAUUAUGUCAUCCAUUGUAUGUAAUGUCCCAUUGUGCCAUACAAAAAUGUAGUUGACAUGUCAAUUCUUCAGGGUUCAUGAUAAUUUUGGGACAUGGGCCAUAAAGUUGAGAAACCCUAAAAAACAACUAAUGGAUGAGCAACAAAAAGCAGCUAGACCAGCUAGCUGACAUGUUGGGAGAAAACUGACCAUGAAAAAGUGUAAAAAAAAAAACUGUAAGGACCCCACUAAGUUUCUGUUUUCAAGUGGGCAAGGAUGUAAAGUGGCUUUCUUUUGGAUACUAUCAUGUUAGUAUUUAUGUUUGACAUUUAGUAGUUGUUAAAAUCAAACCAACUCUUUAAAAGUUCCAAUUUUUUUUUUACAUAUAAUUCCAAAGUUGUUUGUUGUUGUUGUCCGUUUUGGACAUCUUGCAUAAUUAAUUAUUAAAUAUGUACAAAAUAAACAAUAAUUGACCAAACAUAGGAUGGAGGCUGGAAGGAAAUUUGGAAAUUAAGGGGUGCUAUUGGGCAUUAUAUAAUAUCAGGAGAUGUAUUUUCAACUAAAUAGUAUAUUUAUUUGUACUUAUUUGUACUAAAGAGAGAUUGUUUAAAUGUCACCACAUUUUUCUAAAUCUCUCUUUCAAAUGUUUAAAUGUUAUUGAUCUAGUCUAUUUUAUAUGCAGUUGUUCUGCGGAUUAGUCUAACACAAAGUUCAAUUCAAAAUUGUGAAAGAAUUGGUAUUUUGGGGGAAAACAAGUGUUAUCUAGCCUAAUUUCAUAGUAUGCCAGAGUGCUAGUUUUACACUUCAGUAACACAGAUUUAAAACAAUUAAAUUGAAUACAAUCAAAAAAACACUCAGUGUGUUGUAGGGGGACACACUGUAUGGGGCCCCAAAAAGACGGACAUGACCCACAAAAGAAGAAGGUCAAAUUAUUAAUGUGUCUCCAGGCUUUCAAAUUAUGUCACAUUUUUUUGCUGUGCACGUUUCUGUAUUUGCUGUAUCUGUUGGUAGAUCUGUUUUAAUUUGAGGUUUGUCUUUGCAAAUUGAGACAGAAUUUUUCUGUAUCAUUUGUAUAACAUGACUCAAAUAACAGAAAAAAAUGAUAUAAUGGUAUAUGUUGAGUUACUUUCUAAAUUACAAAGGCUCACAAAAAAAAUUUUCACCUGUGGUUUUACUUUGUCAGCAAAACAUCUGAUGUUAACACUGUUUCAUACCAACAGUCAGUUUGGAUUUCUAUUAACCAUGACCACGAUCAUUCCCCUCCCUUAACC